UCGGCCUUCGCUUUUCGUAGUUGCUAUAACAUCUCCUAAUAUCCGAUUCGACGCCCAGCUUAAGGUCGUUACAGCCGAGCGCGAAGCAAGCGGCGCGAGUAUGCAUGUAUGUAUGAGACACCUAGAAGAGCUUAAGCCUCAAUGAAAUUAUUAAGCACCUAUUCAGGUGGCAGGUAGGUACUAGGUAGACAGCUUGUAUAUAAGACAUAGAGGUCUGGUAACCCUCAAGAAUAGAGGUAGGAAUAUAGAAACUCCAACCCCUUUUCAACACUAUUGAGACCAAUUACAAGAACAUCAGGAUUCACAAUGGCAUCUGACAAGAAAAUUGUCCUAGUAACGGGUGGCAACACCGGCCUCGGCUACGAAACCGUCAAGGCCCUGUACCAGACCGACACCCCGUACGAGCUCAUCAUCGGGUGCCGCACCAUCUCCAAGGGCGAAACCGCCAUCGCCACCCUCCGCACCGAAGUCCCCCAAUCCCCCUCCUCCCUCAGCACCCUCCACGUCGACCUCGAGUCCGACGCAUCUCUCGAGAACGCCGUCGAAUCCAUAGCCUCCCGCUUCGCCGGCCGCCUCGACGUCCUCGUCAACAACGGCGGCGGCACCUUCGACCAGCACGUCCCCGCCGGGAACCUAUCCCUCCGCGAGGCGUGGAACAAGUCCUGGGAGACCAACGUCACGGGGACGCACGUCCUUACGACGCUCGCCGUGCCCCUCCUCCUCAAGAGCGCGGACCCAAGACUCCUGUUCAUCACGAGCGGGACCAGCGCGCUCAAGGGAACGGAGGAUAACGUUACCCCGGCCAUGCAGAGGCUUAAUUUCAACCCGGAGCCCGGGUGGCCGAAGAAGGAGCUGGGGCUGUCGUCGUACCCGGCGUAUAGGGCGGCGAAGACGGGGCUGAAUAUGGUGAUGCGGGAGUGGAAUCGCUUGUUGAUGAGGGAUGGGGUUAAGGUGUGGGCGGUUUCGCCGGGGUUUCUGGCGACGGGGCUGACGGGGGUGGGGAGGGGAGAGAUGCUGCUGAAAGGAGCUAGAGAUCCAGCAACCGGAGGACAGUUCGUCAAAGAUGUCAUUCAGGGGAAACGGGAUGAGGAUGUUGGACUGGUGGUUGGCCCGGGUCGUGUGCAGCCUUGGUGAAUGGGGCAAUGAAGGCGUUGGAACUUACCUAGAUACCUAAGCAUCCAGACCCCUGGGCUGGCCCCCCGUGUUGUUGUACAACACAUUUGAUUAUUACGGGUAAUGAUUACAAGAUGCAUGACUCCUAAGUAGUUCAAAAGUUGAGAAAGCUGUUGUAAUUAGGGUUCUUUACCUAAAAAUAGGUCAACGGCGAUCCAAUUUACAAAGUCAUCUAUUCAACCCACGAGAGCGUUUGACGUUUACAAUUUGUCUGCAUCGUCCCUGGUCUACGAUACUCGGUGGCGCGGGCCAGACGCGUAAUCAAACAUGCUACAUACUAGAUUGCGGCAAAACUCAUGUGUAUAUAUAUUUACCUCUACCUAAUUCAAGGCUGGCAAUAUCCAG